UAAUUAGUAUUCUGUUUCAUUUUUCUCUAGGCUUACGGUAUGUCUGCUUUGCCUCUAAACCUUAUAAAGGGCACAAGAAAUGCUAGUUAUGAACGCCUGGAGAACACUGAAGAUAUUGAAGAUGUUGAGCAAAAUAUUCAAAGAAUUAAAUCAAAGUGCAGAGAUGGUCGGCCUUUACCAACUCGAGAGAGGCAAAUGCUGCAACAACUUGAAGACAAGCUAAGAACUCUUCGCAAAAGAGGACGGCGUCUGGAAUAUGUUGAGAAAAGCUGCUGGACAAAGUUCUGUGGUAUCAUGAGACCCCUAAAAGUUGUAUGGGGAAUAUUUUUUAUACUUGUAGCCCUGCUGUUCACUGUUUCUCUCUUCUUGUCAAAUUUGGAUAAAGCGCUUCAUUCUACUGGUAUAGGUUCUGGAUUUAUAAUCCUUAAAACUAAUUUGACCAACCCAUUGAAUAUGCUGUUACCUAUUCUACAGACAGUCUUCCCCCUAGAUUACAUUCUUAUUACUACCAUCAUCAUGUACUUCAUAUUUACUUCAAUGGCAGGAAUUCGCAAUAUCGGUAUAUGGUUCUUCUGGAUAAGGCUGUACAAGAUCAGACGGGGAAGGACACGACCUCAAGCCCUUCUUUUUCUUUGUAUGAUACUGCUAUUGAUUGUUCUUCACACCAGCUAUAUGAUCUACAGUUUAGCCCCUCAAUAUGUUAUGUAUGGGAGUCAAAAAUAUCUAAUUACGAAUAAUAAGACACUUGAAGGACACUUGAACAAUGCAACAACAUACGUAUCCAAAGUCUGUGAUGCAGAUGCGCCUGAAGAUCAAUGCACUGUUACUCGGACAUAUCUGUUUCUGCACAAAUUUUGGUUCUUCAAUGCUGCAUACUACUUUGGCAACUGGGCUUUUAUUGCAGUUUUCUUGAUUGGUUUAAUUGUGUCAUGCUGCAAAGGAAAAAAAUCAGUCAUUGAAGGUGAAGUGGACGAAGAUGAUUCAGAUAUAAGUGAUGAUGAGCCAUCGCUCUAUUAUGGUUGACAGCCUGCAGUCCUGAAGGUUAAAGUGUACAAUGUAAAACUGUGAAAAUGCCACUUUUGGUUCUGACUUUAUUCUAGGAAAAGUUCACCUUUGCCAAUAUUGAAAGAAGUAAUAUAAAACAGGAUUUGGAAUUUCUGCAAAUCUAAUUGACUUAUAGUUAAGUUCAUUUGUACAUAGGCACAACAGCUAAUUUUAUGAAGGAAAAAUUAAAGAGAGCUAUUUUUUGAGUAUAUGCUAUAAAGCUGUGAUGUCAUUUAAAUGCCAUUUAAGUUUGUUUCUGUUAGUCUUGAAUUUUAAAUUUGUUUUUGUCUUUUAUUCCUUUGGACUAUUGAGAAAUCUUAAUCAAACUGACAAAUGUGUUACAUACAUCU